AUGUCCUCACAGCUGCGCUGGUGCCUCCGACCUUCCUUGUCCCCCUUGAGUGCCCGAGAGGUCCUGAUGCUGGGGGCCCGCGACCUUCGCCACCAGCAGCCAGGCCCAGGACAGGCCGCAGAGACCUGGCGGCACCUGUCCCCACUCCGGGAGCUGCAGCGCACAUGCGGCUGGGCCUGCCCAGCCCCUCCUCCACCUGGGACAGGUCCCUGGGGACGGAGCUUGGGCGGGUCCCACGCGGGUCCCACUGGCAUCCGGCUGCGCCUGUCCGUGAGCCCCCACCCACCCGUGGGCCGCCUGGGGCUGGGGAGUGCUGCGGCUCGGCGCCUCCCUCCUGCCCCCAAGGAGGACCGGCGACCCACGUCCCCUCCAGGGUGUGCGGCUCGGAUCUCUGCUCUUCUUGUCACCGGCGGGGUGACUUGGGACCCGUCGUUGAGUGACCCUGUGACUCUGUGUCUGCGGAGAGGUGGGGAGAACGAUGCUGCGGAACGCGUGGUCGUGAGGACCUCGGUGAGGUCCCAGGUGAGGGGACAGGGAAGGAGCACGGGCCUUCGCGAGGGCGACCUCCCGGCUCACGGCCGCUCACCUGGGCUGGAGCCCCGGUCCAGUCUCCUGGUGCCUGCUGAGAACAGGCCAGCGAUGGCUGAAGAUCUGGCAGCCACGUUGGGCUGUGAGGCUGCUGCCGGCCGAGCGGAGAGUGGGGACUCACGUUCCUGCCAUCUCGGGAUUCCUGGGGGGCUCCAUCUGUUGAGCUUCUGCCUUCAGCUCAGGUCAUGAUCUCAGGGUGCUGGGAUCGAGCCCCGCGUCGGGCUCCCUGCUCGCUGGGGAGCCUGCUUCCCCCUCCGCCCGCCGCUCCGCAGCUUGUGUCGCCUCUUUCUGUGUCUGUCUCUGUCGAAUAAAUAAGUAAAAUCUCUGAAGAAGAAAAAAAAAGACAUCUGGAUUAAGUCACCGUUCUUCCUCGUUUCUGUUACCUGAGACUGAAGGUAACUGCCCGAUUGCUACGCUCACGCACACGUACGUCUUCUUCCUGGUGUUAAGGUGACGACGGUGUAAGACUUGUCCUGCACUUUGCGGGGGUGUCGUGACAUUCCCAGACCACUGAACUCUGGAAAUUUCUCGUGGGUGGGUCCAAGUCCCCGAACUGGCAGGGGGUACCUCCCUCUGGCAAGCAGAUGUGCUUUGUUAAUGUCCAGAGCAUCGCUAAGUCCGGGGUUCCGUGGCCCACGGGCAGGACGUCUUCCGCACGAUGGAGUGGGGUGAAACCCCGAGGCCGGCCGGACGAUCGGAACCGGUGUGGACUGAAGCGUGGUGGAAACCAUCAGCGGCGACCCGACCGGUGGCACGUUGGUGGUGGGGGAGGGAGGCGCACCCUGGCCUCGCGGAAGGACCCCGUGCUGCUCCCAGCAUCGUGGUUUCUGGGACGGGGCGGGGCCGGGUCUGCAGGACCUACGCCGGAGUAGUCGGUGCACGGCUCACCCCAGGAAGGGCAUCAUGCCCAGAGGAACAGCCGCGCGUGCAGUUGUGCUGUCUUUAAGCUCGCGGUCACAGACGGUCCACCGGCAACGGGCCUCCUUCCCCAGCACAGGCCGGUUCCCGUCCUCUGUGUGCUCAGGUCUGGGGCAGUGGCGCUCCCCUCCGUGACUUUUCCGGAGACAGGUGCUGCUCCGAGGGGGCGGGAGGCGGAAAGGCAGCGGCGUCCGCCCUUCCUUCUUGCGGGGCUGUCCCUCAUUCAGCAGGAAGGACGCAGCGCCAACUGGGAGCCACACACGCGUCGAGUGCGGAGCAUACGGUGGGGAGACGGAGCUCACAGGCGGACGUCACCUUACAUCGCUCGCGGACCAGCGAGGGCGAAACGCAACACGUCAGACCCAGGAACACCGAUGACAGGGGGCCUCGUCUCCCCACGACCUCAGGAGGGGACCUGACCUGUAAGGAGGGUAACCGCAGAUCACAUCAGGCAGGUUGAGGACCCAGAGAUUAGGGUGGGCACCUCAAACGGGACGGCAGGCGUCCAUGUCACAAGGGGGGAGUCGAGAGCCCGGAGGCAAGGCCGGGAGAGGACAGCCACCUCUGAGCCGGGGAGGCCUGGGCCCCGUCCUCACC